GGCAGUGAUUUCUUGGAUAUGACAUAAAAACGACAGGCAAAAAAGCAAAAAUAGACAAAUGAGACUACAAACUAAAAACUGUUUUAAGUCGAGGAACUCAAGAGUGAAAAGACAACACAUGGAAUGGCAGAAAAUACAUGCAAAACAAAUACUUGAUAAGGUAUUAAUACCUAAAAUAUAUAAAGAACUCCUACAUCAAAGAAGCAAAAAACAACCUGAUGAACUAAUGUCUAAAAUUUUCAAGGGACAUUUCUCUCAAGAUGACAUACAAAUCACAAACUAGAAUAUAAAAGAUGUUUAACAUCACUAAACUUCAGAGAAGAAUAAAUCAAAACCAAAAUGAGAUACUUACUACCUAAUACACAUGAUCAGUGCUGUUCUUGAAAAAAAAAAUCUUGGUGAUUCCACAUACAUGUGGCAAAAUAAUGUGGCUAACUUCACGGAAAAACAAAGCAGAAUGACAGGUGGCUAUGGUUGAAGGGAGAGAAAACAGGAUUGUGUUGUAUGAAGGAUAUAGACUUAACUUGUGCAACAUGGACAGAUUCUUAAUAUCUGUACUGGAACAUUAAGAACAUAUUGAAAACUAGUAGUACAAUAAAAACUGGUUAUAUACUAAGUUUAUAUUAUGAAAAUAAAAUUCUCAAUGUAGACUACAAUAUUAUAAAAAAUGGUGGAAAUAAUAAAAAAACAUUCUUCAAGGUGAACUAAAAAGACUUCUGAAAAGAAAUUCCAGAAAGGAGAAAAACGCAAUAAUGAUACUUAUUUCUAGAUUGACAAGAUUAUAGUACUUUAAUCCGUUUCUGUCUUUAUUCACAGAUAAUGAGAAUAUUGAUACUUCACCUAAAAUUUACAAAAAAAUACCAUUUUCUGUAGUAAAGCUUUAAUAGCAUGUUUACACAGUCAAGAUAUGAGCCUCAUGAAUUUUCAGGAAACAAACAGUAUAAUAGAAACCACUGUAGGAUGCCCAAGCAGCCUGGACUUGGGGCAAGAAGCAAGAACAAAGAUUGAAGACUUAGUCUGGAGGCCAUGAAGGCGGAAGAUGGGUGAGCUAUGAAACUGUGACAAGUACUAGUCUGUGUUAUUGAAGAAUGGAUGUGACUCUGGGGAGAGAGCCUGGACAUGGCUCACCAGAAUCUCCUGAUGCUUGCUGGUAGACUGUGCCCUGAACUGAGCUGCAUUGCUUUAGUUUAUAUACAAAACAGAAGAAUGUGAUGGGUGAAAUGGACACCCCAACUUGAGUUCCAGGAAACUUACAUUGCUUUCUGACCUCAUGGUUCAGCUCUUGCACAAACUCAGGUGCAAACAACUAAUGACGUGAAGUAGUUUUGAAGAUGAUUAAGAAUCCAGAGUAAGAUCAUGUACCAUUUGAAUGUAUGAAAUUGACACAUCUUUUUCCAUCCAAGUGAUGUGUGAGAGUUGGUGCUCAGAAAUGAUUCUAUUAUUUUUGGGAUGGGAGCACACUGCCAAGUCAAUGUGGACUAUUCACAGAAGAUGGUGUCCAUCAACAACUAAUAACCUAUCUGCUGCCACCAAGUGUGAAAAGUGAACACAACAUAGUCAAGCAUACUUAGCAAUUUAAAGGGAAAACCUUCUUCUGAAACAGACACACUAUAAACGUGGCAUAAUUUAAAGCGAUUGUUAACUCACUGGUGGAAAAAAACCAUUCUUCAAAAAGACAGUGCAGUUUUGGAAAAGCAACACUACAUUUACCCAAUUUGAUUAUCCUACAAAUGAUAUUCCAAAAAUACAAUUUUUUAGCUUGUAAAACGAAGAAAUAAUGAACUCGGUUUCUCUGCAAAUGCACAUGUGUAUUCUGUAAUAUCUGCAGUGUUUUCAUAAAACAUGCAACGUAAGAAUGAAAUCAAUCCACCAUCAAUUAAAAUAACCUAAAUGAAAAAAAAAUAAAUAUAUUUUAAUAUUUUUAUAUUUCUAGUAAAAUAUACAAAUAUUUUGAAUAUUGUUUAUGAUCAUAGCUGUUAGAACAUAAAACUACUGCAAAACUACAUUGGAGGAUGGUUAUGAAAAUGGACUGAAACAGAAAAUUGAUAGCAAGACAAUUACCAUACACACUUAAGUGCUUCUUAUAAAAGAGAAAUAUCAAGCUUAAAAAUGGCUAAUUUCCAUCAACCACAAUAAACAUGAAAUAUUUAAUGACUGAAAAAAAAUGUCAUUUACCAAGAUGCCGAAACCAUCCUUCCCCAAAACAGAACGUGAUGAGAACGCUUCCUUUGUGCCCCUAGCAUUCAAGAGCAUAACGGGGUGGCACACAGGAGAUAUACACCUCAAGAAAAAUGAGGGUAAGAAAAAACCCCUACCUCUAAAACGAACUGGAACGACCAGAAAAUCCUCCCACAUUUCAGUGCUAUCCACUUAAGAAAGCAACAGGAAUGUACACCAGAUCUCCAAAUGAAUUCCACAAACAUGGCGGCCGCCAGGGAUCCAAACUUGGCAUCCCCGUGCCCGAUCCGCAGGGCAUCCGGACCCCGCGCUCGGCCCCGCCAGCCGUCCCUGGAGUCUCCCAGAUUGCCGGGGCCGUGGGGGCGGGGCACUACGCAUGCGUGGGCCUUUGCGGGGGCGCAGGAGACAGGCUCCCCGCACCCCCGCUCCCAUCCCGCCUGCGCCUCCCGGGGACGCCGCUUUGCGCGCUCACGGGAUCCCCAACGAUUUCCGCUUGAUGGCAGUAGAGCACCACGUAUGCCAAGCGGCCCUUCCUCCUGGGCCUCUCCCUCCGCCCUUUGCCAAAGAAAAAAGGCCAAGCCGUGUCCACCCUGGCUCCAACAUGGCGGCCCCCAUGUUUCUCCUCCUCUGGCUCUCGUGGGCGGAGCUCGUGAGGUUACGGGGAGCGGGGAGCCUCGCUCCUCUCUGGCUCCCCUUGACCGGCCUGGCGUCCAAAGCCCAAGGGCGAGGCUCAGCGAGCCCCAGCCAGGGUCCCCGAGGCUCCCGGCAGUGGCCUCGAACCCAUCCGGGGCUCCAUCUUGGCCCGCGCGGGAGACACGCUCUUCUGGUGCCGGGCCCAGAACCCCAGCCACGCCCCGCCGGUCCCUGCCCGAGCCUCAGUCAGGACUCCCCGAGAGGCCAGCCUCACCCCGAAGGCCUCCGAGCGCCCAGGAACAAAGGACAGCGGCGGCGGCGCGGCCCGCGGGCACCCGCCGAGGGGUCAACAGCGAGGUCCACCUCCCGCGGCCGGGGGAUGGAAGGUUCCCGGGCACCGGGCCCUUCACCGCGGCCUCCGACUCUGGACAGCUCCCGCGGGAGGGGCAGCGCCCACGCGCUCCCUUGCGCUCCAGGACCCGGGCCAUUCCCAGGCCACGGGUACUCCAGGUCAACGCAAACACUGCAGCUCCUCCUUUCCCGUCAAUCGGCCCAGAGGCCACGGUGCACACCUCACGGUCACAUCCACGGCACCCUGACCACCAGGCUCUCCCGUGCCUGGGGCACUGGAGAAGCCAGAAGUACCGCAAACACGCACGCACGCACGCGCGCGCGCACACACUCACAUCUUCUCUCUCACACACACCACAAAGACGCGCGGAAACACCCUUGGGGUCUCGCAAAACGCACGCUCGCACUCCUUCCCAUGAUCUCACGGGCGCGCGCGUGCACACACGCUCACACUCACACACACACACACACACACACACACUCGGCGUCCCCCGGAAAGAAGAGAGACCACGGCUGGAUGUCACCCUUUCGGUCCUCGGGACGUGGACUACAGGCUCCACUCACCUGUGCAGGUGAAUGAAGGACGUCUGUCUCUACUGCCCUCCGAUUGCCCAAGGGCAGAAGGGUGCACCUGUCAUCCAGGCGGACCUCUCUCCCUGCUCUCAGUGCAGCUUCCACCCUUAGGGACCAUUUCGGCUCUCUGCCCUGCAAACCGCAGGGGCUGCCUCUCCCCAGAAGUCUGGCCUGAGAAGCUCACCACCUCAUUCUUGCUAGGACAGCAGUGGAUAUUCCGUCCCACCCGUGGAAAGCAACACCCCGGCCCCCUCGCAACAAAUGCCUCGCCCCUUCAACACACACCACCACCAUCACCACCACCACCACCGGGCUCCAGGCCUGGAGGGUCCUUCCGGUCCUUUCCCACCUGUCACUCCUACCCAUCCUUUCUGAAGGACACAA